GCUGCCAAGUUCAUCGCAUAACGCGCGGAAUCGUUCUGCGAGCGAGAAGACCGGGAAGCGACGUGACGGACGGCUGGGGGCCAGCCUCUCUUGUUGAUUCUCCGCGGCAUCACGGAGUUCGAGUGUGUGCGCGGUGUUAGCAACAAGUGAACCCCAACAGUAUAGGUGCAGCGCCAUGGAGGGAUCGGGCAACAAGGUGUGGCACAUUGCGUACAAUUUGCUCCUCGUGCUGUACUACAUCGCCGAGGCGAUCGUGGUGAAGUUGGUGCCGCGCAAGUACUUGCAGCGCAAGAGCGUGUCCGGCGAGACGGUGCUGGUGACGGGCGCCGGCAGCGGCAUCGGUCGCCUGCUGUCGCUGCGAUUCGCGCAGCGCGGGGCGCGCCUCGUGCUCUGGGACAUUGACCGGGCGGGCAACGAGGAAACGGCGCGCCUGAUCCGCGAGGCCGGCGGCAAGGCCUGGCCCUACGUGUGCAACGUGGCCGAGAGCAAGACCGUGUACGAGACGGCGGCCAAAGUGCGCGAGGACGUCGGACGCGUCGACAUCGUCGUCAACAACGCCGGCGUCGUGACCGGCAAGCGGCUACUCGACCUGCCCGACGAGCUGAUUGCGCGUACCUUCCAGAUCAACACACUGUCGCACUACUGGGUUGUGAAGGCCUUCCUUCCGGACAUGAUGGCAGCCAACCACGGCCACAUCGUGUCCAUCGCCUCGCUGGCCGGACUGGGCGGCGUGUGCCGGCUGACGGACUACUGCGGCUCCAAGUUCGCCGCGGUGGGCUUCCAGGAGUCGCUGGCCAUGGAGAUGGCCACCGAGGGAUACACGGGCAUCCGAUUCACCACCGUCUGCCCCUUCUUCAUCAACACGGGCAUGUUCGCCGGGGUGGAACCGGGCGUGUUCGGCUUCCUGAGGCCCGAGUACGUGGCCGACGAGACCAUUGAGGCCGUGCUCAGGGACAAGCCGCUGCUCAUCAUGCCCAAGGUCUUCUACACGCUCGUCGCGCUCAAGACGAUACUGCCAGUCAGCGCUAUCGUGGCCCUCUCACGCGGACUCGGCGGAUUCGAGGUCAUGGACAAGUUCAUCGGGCGUGGCAUCGCAGCUAAAGCCUAAACAGAUAGGCCGAAACCUGCCGUCACAUCAUUAGGAGACCAGUGGAAUGCAUCAUACAUUCACAGCGCUUUCGAGGAACGCCUUCUAUACGACAGCUUUCUUUCUUCUUGCCCCUCUUUCCCACAGCUCUCUCAUUCGCACUUUCAUGUCACAACUGUGUGAAGGGCCUUACGGUUUCUGUUAGUACGCAGCUGGGAACUACAAGUCGUAUUGAGCUUAUGUGCCUUGAGGUAUGCCACCAUCGUUAGCUCUUGAACAAUGUUGCAUCUAACCGUAUACACUGUCGAGCGAGCCUGAAUGGGAUUGACGACCUUAUGCAUUCUGUAAAAGACAUUUGCCACGUUUGCUGCAUCGCAACGGUGCUUCCUUUUGGUACCAAUGCCACUCACGUUACACGCGACCUUGAAACUGUUAUCUCUUUUUAAAGUAUACAUAUAUGCAACGCAAAGAAACUAUAUAUUCAACAAGCACAGCUUAGUGUUGGCUACAGUCAUCUAGUCAGACCGACCUCACUUAGAGCAGACACUAUGAGUGGAUCCAGACUAGCGCACGUAAAGAAAAACAUGCGUGGACGGUGCAAGGUAUCGCACAUUCGCUUGAACUUCAACUGCCACAAUGCGCAGCAGCGUGUGUGACUUUCGGAUUGACAAGCACAUGUCUUGUUAUGGGAGGUGGUGGACACUGGAAGGGAGUGCGCUGUUAUGUGUCAAGGAUAUGGUGGUCAACGUUGGAGACUACUGCACUGCAAGCAAGUUGUACAACACAGCGACAAAUCUUUCAUAACAAUUUCUAAUGGGUUACGUCGUUACAGGAAUAUAUUGACAUACGGGCUUAAAAAGCCAGUCGCCUGUUGCAGUCACGCCUUACUGUUGUGCGAACAGGAACCGAGAGUCCGUGUUGGCGCACCUUUGUCUGUGUCCCGGAGCCUUCUGUCCCAUACUUGACAAUAGCGCAAGUGACAGGGGAGGACAAACGGUAAGGAACGGGCUGACACGUGGAACGCGUGAAAGAUGCACUCGCCACACCUCUAAGUGUCGCUUCGUCUCGUUCUCGUCCUCGUCUCGUUCGCGCUAUUGUCUAGGGCUCGCGUAUCACAAACUCAUUUCGCACUGCCACCCCUUCUAUGCCUUCGCUUCAUGCUCACACAGAUUUACGACGCCUUGGAAGCGAUGCGUAAGAUAUCUGGAAUGUGAGAAAAAA